AUGGCUCUUAGCAGGCAGGUGGAGCCCGCCAAUGGAGAUUUCAUCACUGCAAUGGCUCUUAGAAGGCAGGCGAAGCAUGCCAAUGGUGAUUUCAUCGCUACAAUGACUCUUAUCAGGCGGGUGGAGCCCGCCAAUGGUGAUUUCAUCAUUGCAAUGGCUCUUACAAGGCGGGCGAAGCCCGCCAUUGACGGCCCUGUGAUCUGGAGGAUGCUGACCUACCCCCCGACUCGGAGAGCUCUAGUGGUGGGAUGCGGCCUUCAGAUGUUCCAGCAGCUCUCGGGAAUCAACACAGUGAUGUACUACAGUGCCACUAUCCUGCAAAUGUCUGGAGUCCGUGACGACAGACUGGCAAUCUGGCUAGCGGGGCUGACCACACUUACUAACUUCCUGUUUACCCUUCUGGGCGUGUGGCUCGUGGAGAGGGUAGGCCGUAGGAAGCUCUCUUUGGGCAGCAUUCUAGGCACAUGUUUGAGUUUGAGUCUGCUGGCUGUAGGUUUUCUGAUGUCUGCUCAACACAGCCCUCCAGUUACGGUUCACCCUCUGGACCCUAUGAUGGCUAACUCCACCUGCUCCAAGUACCAGAUGUGCGAGCCAUGUAUGCUGGACCCUCGCUGUGGCUUCUGUUACCGUGAGAACGGCUCAACACUCAUUGCCUCCUCCUGCGUGUCGGUCAAUAAGGAGUCCACCGAGCACGCAGCAUGGGGCAGAUGUUCAAAUUCUACCCUCAUGAGAGAUCAGACUUACUGGGCCUAUAACUACUGCCCCACCUCAUAUUCUUGGCUGGUUUUGUUGGGGCUGGUGCUCUACUUGGCUGCUUUUGCUCCGGGUAUGGGACCGAUGCCAUGGACCAUUAACUCAGAGAUCUACCCGCUGUGGGCGAGGAGCACAGGGAACGCCUGUGCUGCAGGAGUUAACUGGACCUUCAACAUCUUGGUUUCUGUCACCUUCCUCCAUCUGGCUCAGUACCUAACUUACUAUGGAGCUUUCUUUCUGUACUCCAGCAUGGCGCUGCUGGGCUUCAUCUUCAUCUACGGCUGCCUGCCAGAAACCAAAGGCCGGCGCCUGGAGGAGAUUGAGGCGCUGUUUGAAAACCAGCUCUGCUCAUGCGGUGCCUCUGACUCGGACGAGGGCCGGCAGGUCGAGUAUAUCCGCGUCAAAGGUUCCAAUUACCAUCUGUCGGACAACGACGCGUCGGACGUGGACUAAGAAGAGCUUACCCGUUGCUGAAACCUGCUCCGAAAAACCUGAAGAGCGAUCCGGUCUAUAAUAUCCAUCUCAUUUUGUGAUCGGUGCCACUGGUUACCCUCACCGUGAGGUUAAGACAGACCUCGAUCAGGAGGCGAGACUGUUUCCCCAAACACUCAAUGCAAAAUAAUCUGGUACAACUUUGUUCCUAAAAGGUACAAUACAUGUGUCGCUUGGAAACCACAUCACCUUAGCUGACCUGACAGCUGUCGUCGUGACUUGUUGUAUCUCCAUAGUGCCGUUAUACCUUUCAGUAUGAGAUACGGUUCCGAUUAGUGUUGUUUCAGCUUGUAGCAUAAAUGCAGUAAUUUUAGCUCCCCUAGAUGGUAGUCUCCAGUUUGUUGAUGGUCUCAAGCGUUUUACGGAAAGGAAUAAACAGACAUGCACAAUGUUACACCUUAGCACACUUGCAUUGAGACCCCUUUGGAAGCACAGGAAUGUUAUGUUAAGGAAGUUUUCUAAUGUUGAUCCUACUGCCACAAGAUGUGCCAACAAACCCCCCCAAGACGAGUCCCACUAACCACUCCUCAGAGGAUCUGCUUACUGGACACGCUAUAAAUCUAUUAUGUUCUGAUGAAGCAGUCAAGUAAAAAGUACUAUAAUGUACAUGGUAAUAUUAGUGCCUGUGUAAUGUGCCUAAUGCCUAUUUUUUUGUUGCAUUCGUUGCAUGUUUAAAUGGCUUUUUUACGUUCAAAUUUGUUAUCUUUUUGUCUUCCUUCAUAGCCUUACGUACAAACUAGAAGAACAUUUUGUUUCAGUCUGCUUUAAUAUAUUUUUGGCAAUGUUUUGUAUCAACCGGUGUGUAGUUACUGCUUUGCUCUCGACUUCAGGAAGAGGUCCCUUUGUAGCAAAAACCAUGGAAGUAAAAAUGAAUAAGAAUAAAACUGUGUAAAAAUAACUCAUCAAUAAAGUAAAUAUGCCCAAAAGACGGGUUCCCGAAGGCAGAUCCAGCAUAAUUCACGUCUCUAUUAAAAUAUAUCUGUUUUAAUAAAGAUGACCAUGAACUCCCAUGCUGCAUUAAUUGUCACUAUAAAUUCAGGAUUUAUUUAUCAAACUGACACCAGUAUGCAUAAAAAAACCAGGGGGGAUUUAUACAAGAGAAGGUAAUAUUUCAAACAAUGUUAAAAAGCAGGAGAGUAGCGCCCUCAUGUGGUAAAAUAUUUAACCAAAAAAGUGAUUUAAGGACAGAUGUCAGUGAAAAGAGGGGAGUUUCCUGCAGCCAGUCACUAAACCUCACAGUUUUUGCUUUAUGUGAAGAGAAAGGUGCCACCUCUAGUCACACUGCUGGAAAAAAGUAUAAAGUGCCAUCAGAAGUGUUCAUCGUCCAUUUUUUCCUAUUAUAAGGAUAAUGUGUUUUAUUGGAAUAUUAUGUGACUGAACAAAAAGAAAAGUAGCCUAAAGAAAAGCAUCACCACAGCAUAAUGGUGCCAUUACCAUGUAUGUGAAGGCUCAGUGUUAGCUGUCUAUGACUUUGACUAUUCAGUUCAAAUCAGAUCAACAUGCUUGCUUUGUGCUCUAGAUUAUUCCUUUAUUUUCAAGCUAUGGACUUCUUUUUUUUAUAUCAGUCUACCUUAAUGACCUAAUAAAAUACAGUACUUUAGAGUUGAAACAAUUAAUUAAUCCUUAUUAAUUACUAAUUGAAAAAAUCAUCAACUUAUUUAAUAAUCACUUAAUCGGUAACUGGAAUAUAGACUCUAAAACAGGCCUUUAGCAGACAGAGCAACUCAUUUAGUGCAGUAAUUAUACCUAAACAUUUUGCAUUUAAGAUGGAAAAAAAUUUUUUAAUCUAUCGAGAACACCUUCAGUGGAAAAGUUUUAGUUUCACCUGGUUUAAUUUCGUAAAAAACCUUCUUUAAGGAACCUUUGGCUAUCCUAUUCUUAAUCAAUCCCAAAAAAUAAUCGACAAAUUAAUUGAGUUGCAAACUAAUCGUUAGUAGCAGCCCUAAAAUACAUUCAGGUUUCGCUUUAAAAAUAAAAUAAAAAAGGAUCAAGGAGAAUUAAUACUUUUCAAAGGCACUGUAUACAUGGCAUCUUUAAAGAUAUUUGACAUGUAGAGUGCCUGUGAUGUGUAGUAGUAGGCUAAAAACCUCCCUAAGCUGUCUUGAAACCACACAAACUAAUUUUGUACAUAUAUUGCACCACAGAGGAUGUGUUGAUAAAAUAUUAAACUCAUUGUGUACCUCUAAUAUGAUGUCCAUAUAGGAUACAGUGAUGUUAAGCCCUCUACAUCCAGAUGUUUUAACACCUUUCUGUGGCAGAAGCCAUGUAAUGUGUACUUCUGGUAAAAUUGGUUGCUUUUUUUUUUUUUUUUCCUUAUGUGAUCUAGUUACAUGGUUCUAUCUUAUUGGGUAAUAAGCACCCAGAUAAAAAAAAUAAAUAAAUCUCUGUAUAUUUGAUUAUUGUUCAAGAUGUAAAUGUUUUGCUAGAGUUUAUAUUAUAUAAGGAUGAAAAUCUCCAUGCAGUUGUAUGUAAAUGAAGACCGAAAUAAACUCGAGAGUCCAAGUGAAA